AAACAACGUGGGUUUAUUUCAACUGUCAAGCAUGACCUUCACACAAAUAAAGCCUUUAUACUUUAAUAAAAUGCUUGCAAAAGGUAAAGCAAUUUAAAGCUUGUACUCACUUGUUGGAACAGAAUACAUGAGAGAUGAAUAAAAUCAGAUCCACGAAAUUUAACAUCUAGUGUAUGCAGAUUACAGCCUUUUUGAUUUUUUGAGUUUGUUCAAGAAAUCUGGAGACUAGUUUUUGUCUCAAAUCUCGAACUUUUCUACUAAUCGGCUAGAGUAUUGAUAUCAAUGGGUUCUGCCAAAGUAUACUGCAGAUUAUUGGGUUAUUUGCCGCUCAAGCAUAGUGUGAAAUUUCAAAGACCUUCGCAUUUGAGAGCUUUUCAAACCUCUAGUAGGAACAAGAAUAAUGCACAUACAGGGCAAGAAAGCCAAGGACUUAAAGACUAUGUUCUUCGAGGAGCAAUUUAUGGAUCUUUCCUAGUUGGAGCAGGUUUGCUUACAGCCAUAGGGAUUCGGGAGUUUAACCGUUACAAAUUGCGCAAGAAAGGAAUAAAGUUCCUAAAUAUUCGAGAAUGGGGCAGAACAAAGCUGUAUGAGUACAAGGGUUAUGUGUUACCAGAUUUUGUCAUCAAUCAGAUAGAUGAUCUUGAAAAGUUUGAAACAAGAUCCAAUGAUGUCUGGGUCAUCUCUUACCCGAGGUCAGGUACAACUUGGCUACAGGAAAUUGUGUACUUGAUCCACAAAAACAUGGACUUGAGUCAUGCCACAAGGGCACUUCUGGACGACCGGUUCCCAUAUUUUGAGUUCUCAUAUCCCGGACUGAAGGAGAUUGUGGAUGCUCGCUCCCCACGUCUCAUCAAGUCCCACCUGCCUUACACUCUCCUGCCACGAAGUGUGCAUGAUAACAAACCAAAGAUAAUUUACAUAGCUAGAAACCCCAAAGAUGUAUCAGUAUCCUUUUUCCACUAUGUGCGCUACCUUUUUCCGGUCACGCGAUACAAGGGCGAAUUUCCAGAGUUCUUCAAACUGUUUCUCCAGGAUAAAGUGAUGUACUCGCCUUGGAGCAGCCAUGUUCUUGAGUUCUGGGAGAGACGGAAUGAGGACAACAUACUCUUUAUCACAUACGAGGAGCUUAAGAAUGAUACAGAUGGCACUAUAGAGAAGAUAGCAUCAUUUCUGGGGAAGCCUGUCUCAGCAGAGGACAAACGCACAAUAAUUUCCCACUGCAGUUUUGAGAGCAUGCGCAAGAACCAAAUGACAAACCACAAAUGGUUUGAGACUCUUGGAGUUGCAGACAGGGACCAGGGCACGUUUAUGAGGAAAGGCUGUAUAGGAGACUGGGCAAACUACCUCACACCGGAGAUGGACGGAGACGUGCAGGAUAUGGUUGAUACCAAGUUCGGUGACUCCGGCUUGACUUUCACCUUCAGCGGAACUCACACCCAGAGUGAGGAUGUCUAACCUAUGCCAAGUGAUUCCCUAAAUUUGGACACUGCCAUAACUUACAAGAACGGAGGUGGGAGUCAGAGACACCUGUUUAGUUAAACUUUGGCCCCCUGACAUUGCCAGAGGAUGACUAUUUACUAGGGAUGGCAACGAGUACCCGAGUACUCGAGUACUCGAUCGAACGUCCGAGUACUCGAGUACCAAAUCACUACUCGAGUACUCGGAAAAAUUAAAAAAAUCUAUAAAAAUCACCAAAUACACGAUUUACAGACAAAAUAUCAGAUCUGGUUAGUUGCCAAGAGGACAAUUUACGGUCCCUCUAAUCCCCGCUGUGUACACAAUUGACCUCAAUCAAUUAUUUGAAAGUUGUUGUGAUAGUUGCAAACUGUCAACAAAGGACCCCUAUUUCAAAAUAGCUCUGAUGUCAAUAAGUGAAGUUUUGAUAGUUUUUUCACCUACGCAAUUCUAUUGUUUACCAAUUAGAGACCUUUCACCAAACAAUGAACGCUAACGAGCGAGAGUAUCGACCGUUGAUUUCUUAAUGGGCGUAUAUUACUUAUUUUUGCAAUGAUUAUCACAAUUGAUUGGUUGAUAUUUUAAAUCAAGAAUUAUGAAUAUUUAUGAGGUAAACAACAAUUACACUGUACGAAAAACUAUCAUUUUAGAAAAAUAAUAAUUCUAGAGUGAACAACUGAACGUCAUAUUGAAUUUCGUUCACUAGUUUUAUGUAUGCUAUUAAUUUUCGUUCAUUGUAAUUCUGGUUGUUGUUCAUUUCUGCAGUGCAUACUUGUAUAAAAUGAAACGAAUAAGACAAAUUAAAAGCCUAAAACAACAUUCGUUAUCUUUUUAUAUCAUUUUUUGUUAAAAUACGUAAUGAAAGUUUACUUUAAAGGUGAAAAUGACCAAUAAUACGACCAACGCACAAUAUACGUCAUUAACGAUACAUGUAUACACAAUCUUGUCUUUGCGAACACAUAUUCAAUUUUUCCGAGUAAUCGAGUACCCGAGUACUCGAUCGAACGAUCGUCCGAGUACUCGAGUAUUAAUUUUACUACUCGUUGCCAUCCCUACUAUUUACAUAUAUACUGUCUGUCGUGUCAUCUACAUGUACAAUUUAUAUCGACUCCAUUCUGAAAAUAAUAGUGGGUAAUGUCAUCUUUGAGUGCUAUUUUAUACAUCUAUGCAUUAUGAAUAAAAUGUACCGGUAUUA